GCGAGGUCACUUUCGGUUUCCCAAAACAAAGUCUUUCUAGAUCUAAUUCAUCACUUUUCAAGAUCUUAAGCUCUGACACCACAAUUGACUUUUCUUUGGAGAUAUAAGAUUGAAUCAACAAUGACGAAUCUGCAAAAUAAAGUGGCAUUUGUGACAGGAUCAACGAGUGGGAUUGGACUAACUAUGGCACGUUCUUUGGCAGCUAAAGGUUGUCACAUUGUCAUCACUGGAUUUGGGGACCAAGAUGAAAUUAAUAAAAUUAAGGAGGAUAUUGUCAGGGAAUUCAAAGUGAAUGUCAACCAUGUAAGUUGUGACUUGCGUAAAGUUGAAGAAAUUGAUUCAAUGUGUGCAGAAAUAGAUAAACUUUAUCCAGAAGGCAUAGAUAUUCUAUGUAACAAUGCAGGUUUCAACCAUGUGCACCCUAUAGAAGGUUAUCCUACUGAAUGGUGGAAUGACAGUGUUGCAGUUAUGCUAACAGCACCCUUUCACCUCAUAAAACAUUUCCUCCCAAAGAUGAGAGCAAAAGGGUGGGGUAGAAUAGUGAACACAGCAUCUCAACACGGCAUGGUCUCUACAGCAGGAAAAGCUGUAUACAGUGCAGUGAAACAUGGAAUUGUAGGACUCACAAAGGGUGUAGCUCUUGACAUUGGAGAUGCCAAUGUGACAAUUAAUUGCAUAUGUCCUGGAUUUGCUUCAUCAAAUAUUACCAAGGCAUGGUUUGAAAGGCUAGGGAAGGAGAGGGGAUGCUCAGCAGAAGAAGCAAAGGCAUCAGUUCUUGAAUCUGUUCCCAAUAAAAAGAUGGUGGAGCUGCAGCAUAUAGCUGACAUGAUGUUGUACCUGUGCUCCGAGUCUGCUGUAUCUAUCACAGGGGCUGCCAUGUUGAUGGAUGGGGGGUAUACAGCACAAUGAUGGAGAUACUGUCGAUCAUAGAGAACUUUUUACCUUUAUGUUAAAAAAAGGUUAAAAAAGAUGGAUAAACAUUGUGUAAAACCUAUGCACAGUGAAACCUGUAAAGUCAAACAUCUCUGUCAGUGGAACACUUCAAAGUCCCAAGAUCAACUGAUUUAAUGUUAAAUGAACCUUUAUUACUGGAAUACCGGCCAAGUGGAACACUUUAGAGGUACCAAAGGUGUUCCACUUAGACAGGUUUUACUGUAUAUGGAACACUCUUAGUAAUGGCCAAAAAGUGUUUCUUGUUGACAGAUGU